AUGACGAAGCUUCUGAUCCUCGCUGCUUUGUUAUUUGUCUCAUUCAAAACAGGAAUAAGUUCCGGGGGAACAACCACCAGUCCUCAACAACAGAAUCCACAAACUGGUGCUGACAAAGACCCCUGUGAGGUACUCUUAAGCAUGCUUUAUCCACGAUUAUUUACUACAAAAUCGCAUGUACUUCAUGAAGCGUUCAUUUGUCAUCCCUCGGUUUACCACUAAUGUCUGCCAAGCUAAGCGCAAAACAAAUCCCUAAUCAAUCAUAAAUUUUCAAAGACAAAGUGGAACAUUGCUGCAAAAAAUUUUCUCUUAGGGAUAUCUAUACAACGUUACGAGAUCAUUCAAUGUUCCAAGCUGUUUCUCGUACGCUGAAACUAAAUUCUCAACAUGAUUAGUUUCUAAAGAAACUGCUGUGCUACUUCGGCGGACAAGUAAUUAUCAAUGAACAUCAAGUACAUCCAUCCAAUAACUAUAUGUUUCAUUUUCUUCCUCAGAAAUCCAUUUUUGCUCACGGAUUUUCUUGGAUUCUAGGAUCGAGUGGCAUGCCGGGAAUUCCUGGCGCCACGGGGCCGCAAGGACAAAUAGGAAGAGAUGGAGCUAAGGGGGAGCCUGGUGUCAAGGGACCGAGAGGUACGACGGGAGCAAGAGGAGGAAAAGGAAAUCCAGGUUCACCUGGUAAAAAUGGUGCACCUGGAAUGAUGGGAGUAAUAGGAAAUAAAGAUGAUGAAGGGUCAGGUGGCAGCAGUGGACUGCCAGGAAUCAAGGGUGUGAAAGGAGAGCAGGGAUCUAAAGGAGAGAAAGGAGAAAUCGUGAAUAGUGUAGUGUCACAGACCAACUGGAAACAGUUUGCGUGGAAAAAUCUUAAUGGUAAUAGAGAUAGUGGAAGGAUUAAGGUACACAAGUAUCUACAAAAUGCAAUGAAAAAUAAAUUAAAUGUCAGAGCAAAUUUAUUACGGCCAUCUCUGAAAGAGAUGUUUGAGAAAUGGCACGAAACCAAAAAUAUCAAUUAACAAUUCGGUGCAUUCUCGCAGGCAGGAAAACUGCAAGGUCAUCAUCAAAUUGUUUCCUCUAGCACGAUGUUCUUAUAAAACAUUUUUUUGCACUAAGACUGUCUUCUUGGCAUUUUUUAUAGGAUUGCUCAUUCAAAAAGCAGCAAUCUGAUACAGCUAUUAACGUUUCAUUCCAGGGAAAUAUGAGAGUCUUUGGCACUUCAACUAAAUGCAAUCGGUGGUUCUUCAAGUUUAAUGGAAAUGAAUGCAGUGGACCAAUGACAAUCGAGGCUGCUGUGCGCAACGAUUGGCCAUCUGGGAGUCCUAAUCGGCUUCAUCACAGAUCAUUUGAGGGAUACUGUGAAAACAUUCCACAGGGCAGGGUUAGUGCGGAGUUAUGGGUAGGAAAGUGUCCCGGUCACUGGGUAGUGCUUACACUGGAUGGAACUCAGUAUCCCGGAUAA